UACCCAAGCGCGCACCACCACGGCCGAGCCAUGUGCUCGGCGCCCAUCGCAGUGUGCGGCAUGGCGAUCGUGUGCAGCGUGCUCGCGCACGCGGCAAGCGCGUCGCCGGGUCUGUCAUCGGCGGACGACGAAGGCGCAACUUCGUCCCUCCUCCGGGGCCUGGUGGCCAGCGUGGUGCCCGUGCUGCAGCGGUCCCUCGCGCGCUCCAACGUGUCCGCCGUGUGCACGGGGGCGCUCAUGGACUUCUCCCGGAGGAUACUCAAGAUGGACAUCGCCGCCUGGAGGUUCCUCGACGCCACAGGAAAGUUUCCUUCUGGCAUCCUGGAAGGCACCACGGGGGACCUGGGCGCUUACGACGAAUGCCUCUCCUCGAGACUCGAGGCGAUCGCCGGGCAGUCGCAAGCGUUUUCCUCCCGUGGCCAGUACUGCAGCGUGUUUCUCAAGCCGAAGCAGUCGCGGGCAAUGGACAAGCUCAUCGAACAGCUGACGCGCUACUCUGUCGUCAAGAAGCGGUUCAACCUGACCAUGGCGCGUAAGGCCAUCAAAAAAGGACGUGUCCGCGGCCUGCGCUUCGGUCUGUGCGUUCCAUCUGCCUGCUCGGCCACAGAAGUGGAGGCCAUCCUUGGAUCACUCACCCAGCUUGUCAGCUUGACCUCAGCGGUGGCCAGUUGUCGAACCGACGAGAAGAAGGAAUUGAAUGGCACUCAAAUCGCUUUCGUGGUGCUAUACUCUACAUUGGCAUUCUUAGUACUUCUGGGAACACUAUUUGACAUGCUAGAAAGGUUCAAGGAGAACGACCAUCCUUUGUUGCGGAAGGACCAGAAGACAGGAUUCUGGGCAGACACGUUGAAGGCGUUUUCUGCCGUAAAGAACACGGAAUCGCUGCUCAAGGAGACGCCAGCCGAGCACGAGUGCCUCAAGUGCCUGAACGGGCUGCGCUUCUUCACUGCCCUGUGGGUCAUCUUGGGACACAGCUACAACAUACUGGACCCGCAUAUCCUCGGAAGAGGUCUUGGAAUGUUCGAGAUGACGCAUGAAUUUUUCUUUUGCAUUAUCGCGAACGCCUACCCCAGUGUCGAAACCUUCUUCGUUCUCAGUGGGUUCCUUCUAGUGUACCACAUGUAUCCCAAACUCAAGGACAUGCGUUCAAGAAUAAUAGUUUUCUUCACGGCUGAGAUACGACGCUACAUCAGGUUGACCGUGCCGACGGCGUUCCUGCUGGGCGUGGUGUUCCUCUUGCCCUUGGUGGUGCGCGGCCCCGCUGCCGACCAGUGGUUGCCGGGAAAGGUUGCCAACUGCUACCAGAGCUGGCCUGCCGUGCUCCUGCACUACAACAACUGGCUCACGCACGUCCGCAUCUGCUCCGGACACCUGUGGUACAUAGCGUGCGACAUGCAGAUCUUCACCCUCGUGUCCAUUCUUUGCAUCCUACUGUCCAUAAACGCACGGCUGGGCAUCGCUGCCAUGGUGUCAGUGUCGAUCGGCUGCAACGCCUUCAUCGCCUACUUCACGCAUAAAGCGCAGAUUGGACCUUCACGUGUCAGCUCGGGUGGCGACGUUUCGAAGAUGAUGCAAGCUCUUGACCUGGUCCAUCAACGACCCUACCCCCACGUCGGAUCAUACGUCGCCGGAGCCCUGGCGGGAUUCGCUUUCCUCCGAUUCCGAAGCGUACGCAUCGGAAGGGUGGCGCAGCUGACCAUGUGGUCGUUCUCAACGGCAGCCUGCGUGUACGGAGUGUUCGGCGCCUUCAAGUGGCAGAAAGGAGAACCCCCUGUUGGCGCCGACGUGGUGCUGUACAACGGGCUUCACCGCACGCUCUUCGCAGCGGGCAUCGGCUGGGUCCUGUAUGCCUGCGCGUCGGGGCAUGGUGGUCCGGUCAACCGUUUCCUCGCGUGGGAGGCUUUUGUUCCACUUGGCCGGCUGACCUUUUCCGUCUACCUCGUUCAUUUCUCUGUGCUCGUCGCUUCGCCUGGAAUGGCACGUGAAAGGAUCUACGUCGCACAUUGGUUUCUUGUCCGUAGCUUCCUGGGAAACGCCGUGCUCAGCUACCUGUUCGGCUGGGCCUUCUACCUGGCCUGCGAGAAACCUUUCUCGAACAUCGAGCGCUCCUGUUUCAACCGCUUCGUCAACCGACGCGGUCGCGAUGAGCCACACACCAACGAGUCUUGCUCAUCGUCUAUGGUCGUGCUCACAGCCAACCAGAGGAACGAGCUGCUUGACGAGGCAUCCGCUGCGGACAAGUUGCAGGCAGCAGUGUUGCCUUCGCCUGGCGGCGUCACCGCGGACUACGGCGGCUGCUGCCGAGACACGCGCUAA